AUGAUUGAGGAUGAACUUGGAUAUGCUUAUGAUGUUUGCUACACCAAGGCUCCUUUGUUUUUCACAGCUUGGGGUUUCCUCUUCCGUUUCUUCUCUUUUACUUCCAUCCUUUUUGUGUUUGUGCUUUUCCUUAUAAAAGAAAGGCACAAACACCCUCAGAUAGAUUUGAUUAUUACUUAUUUAUUGUUGGUUGGAGCUAUUCUUAUAGAGAUAUAUGCUGUCAUUUUAUUGAGUGCCUCCAAUUGGCCCUGGCCACGGUAUGAAAAUGGAUGGUUAAUAAAAUGUAUUAAGACACUAUUUACUCCAAUAAGAAAUCGUUGUGAAAAAUUGACUAGCAAACAAAGGUGGUCUAAUUCAAUGGGUCAACUCGAUCUGCUUAGCUUUUGCCUCAAAGAUACUCAUGAAGAGACUCAUGAGUCUCUUCAGGUUGGCCGUGGAACCCCAAAACUCUUUGCUAACUUUAGAGAGUGGGUCUUCAACCAAAUGUUGCCAAAACUAAAUGGAGAACUAGAGAUGCUCUUGUAUAGGACCUAUAAGCAGGUCCCUCCUAAGUUGAAAGACUUGGUGUUCAACACGUUCCAGGAAAAGGUAUGUUCCCACAGCAAUGGGUUUUCCGAAGAGUACGACAAAUACAUAACAAAUGGAACUGUAAGUGUGGAAACUUAUCAAAGCAUUAUCAUCUGGCACAUUGCCACAGAUCUCUGCUUUUACACAGAUAGUGGUACGAAUAAGCCUAAUUUAAGUCGAGAAGUGAGCAAAGACAUUUCAGAUUACAUGAUGUAUAUUCUUGCGAUGUGUCCUUUUGUAUUAUCAACAGGAAAUGCAACACUCGGUUUUGAAUACACUUGCACAUUGGUUAAGCGUUUUGUUCGAGGGGAAAAGCUCUCCAGACAGCUGACUAAAGCCCAAGUUUGUGAAAUGUUGAUCUCAGAAUAUUAUGCUUCAAGCAACGAGGUAGACAACUAUUUGUUGAAAGACAAUAUGUUAUGUAUAGCAGUUCUACUUGCAAAAGAGCUGAAUCAGAAGGAUGGAAAGUGGGAGAUAUUGAGAAAGUUUUGGGUAGAAAACCUAGCUUAUGUUGCAACUCUUUGUCAGGGAAAUAAUCAUGCUCAACUACUCAGAAAAGGUGGGGAAUUUCUUACGCACGUCUGGCUUUUGAUAGAACAUUUCAACCUCACAGAAAGUUUUCAAAAGUCACGAACAAGACCACAAGAGGAAGAAGCAAAGGUUAGUUUUGUUGUGAGCGAUGAUGAAUCUGUUGUCAACAUGGUUGUAGAUACAGUUACUGUGUUAGAAUCAGGUGGCAACGCAACUGGUUCUGUGUCUGAGUCUGGUUAUGGACAGGGUUCGGGUAAUAAAUCUGCUGCAGUGUCAGGUGUGGAUGCUAGCACCGCCUAA